AGUCCAUUUCUCAUUAUACUUACUUCACUUACCAAAUUAAAGAUAUCUUUAGCUUUAUAUAUAAUAUUCUCUAAUUAUUGUUAAAAAAAUGAUGUCUUGCAGGGUUCUUCUUCUUGUGUUUGUUGGUGCUUUUAUUUGCACUAGUACAUCUAAUGCCAGGAAGCUUGGUACUGAAAAGGGUUCAUUCCAGGACGAGAAAAACUUUCAUCACGGUGGCCUAGGAGGUGGAGGUGGGUUAGGUGGUGGCGGUGGCGGUGGGUUGGGAGGAGGUGGUGGUGCAGGAGCUGGGGGUGGUUUCGGUGGUGGUGCGGGAGCAGGAGCUGGUGGUGGUCUAGGUGGUGGUAGUGGGCUAGGUGGUGGUGGGGGAGGAGGGUUUGGUGGUGGAGGCGGUGGUGGAUUGGGUGGUGGAACCGGAGGAGGCUUUGGAGGUGGAGCUGGGUUUGGAGGAGGAGCUGGUGCAGGCGGAGGUCUUGGUGGGGGAGCUGGAGGUGGUGGUGGUGGAGGUUUCGGUGGUGGCGGUGGACUUGGGGGUGGUGCUGGUGCUGGUGCUGGUGGAGGGUUUGGCGGAGGUGCUGGAGCUGGGGGUGGCCUUGGAGGAGGACUCCCUUGAAGUGAGGAGCAUAUACUACUAUAAAUUAAUGGGCUAAAUCUGCAAGCAUUAGGUUCUUUUCCUAAUAAUAAUAAUGGUCUAUUAUUCAGCGUGUUACACUUUUUGUCCUUUCCAAAUAUGCUUGGCACUUCAAAAUUAUGUUGGUCGUGUAAUGUUUCUAUUUUUCUUUUUCUUUUUUUGCUGGAGUGUAAUGUUUUCUUUUUGUCUUCCUCUUUUUCCUACUAUGAAAGAUUUGAAAUCCAAUACCAUCCCUUUGUGAUAUAAUUAAUCUCAUGGAUCAUCUACUUUUUAAA